UUCACAGUUUUCUUUGCAGCACGUACCGGUGAAGUCGGCGAGUUUCUCCACUAGCCAUUUUUGCAAUAGUACAGAUCCAAAAAAUGGCCCAGGUUUCUGUCCGUUUAGCAGCGGCUGCAGCCAGGAGUUUGUCCCGGCAAGCUCCCCAGGUCGCCAAAAGAUGUAUAGGUGCCGCAUAUGUAUCCCACAGAAAUGUCACAACAUCAGCACCAAGACCAAGCACAGCUGAGGUGUCCAGCAUCUUGGAAGAAAGAAUUCUUGGUCACACACCCAAAGAAAACCUUGAAGAAACGGGUCGCGUACUAUCAAUUGGAGAUGGUAUCGCUCGUGUAUAUGGCCUGAAGAACAUUCAGGCAGAAGAAAUGGUAGAAUUCUCCAGUGGUCUCAAGGGUAUGGCAUUGAACUUGGAACCUGACAAUGUUGGUGUUGUAGUGUUCGGUAACGACAAACUCAUCAAAGAAGGUGAUGUUGUCAAGAGGUCAGGAGCUAUCGUAGACGUUCCCGUCGGUGAGUCGAUCCUAGGCAGAGUAGUUGACGCUCUGGGCACACCCAUCGAUGGCAAGGGUCCACUCGGCACAGAACACCGUGCCCGUGUAGGUACCAAGGCCCCUGGUAUCAUCCCCCGUAUCUCUGUACGUGAGCCCAUGCAGACCGGUAUCAAGGCUGUAGACAGUCUGGUACCCAUCGGCAGAGGACAGAGAGAACUCAUCAUCGGUGACAGGCAGACAGGAAAAACUGCUGUAGCCAUUGACACCAUCAUCAACCAGAAGAGGUUCAAUGAUGGAGCCGAGGAGAAGAACAAGCUCUACUGUAUCUAUGUUGCCAUCGGACAGAAGAGGUCAACAGUAGCACAGAUCGUCAAGAGGCUACAUGACUCUGAUGCGUUGAAAUACACCAUCAUUGUUUCUGCCACUGCAUCUGAUGCUGCCCCUCUACAGUACCUGGCCCCCUACUCAGGAUGUGCCAUGGGAGAAUUCUUCAGGGACAACGGCAAGCAUGCCCUCAUCAUCUAUGACGAUCUUUCCAAACAGGCUGUAGCCUACCGUCAGAUGUCACUGCUACUGCGUCGUCCCCCUGGUCGUGAGGCCUACCCUGGUGAUGUGUUCUACCUUCACUCCCGUCUGCUGGAGAGAGCCGCCAAGAUGAACCCAGACUUUGGUGGUGGAUCCCUGACUGCUUUGCCUGUCAUUGAGACCCAGGCUGGUGAUGUGUCUGCUUACAUCCCAACCAACGUCAUCUCCAUCACUGACGGACAGAUCUUCUUGGAGACCGAGUUGUUUUACAAGGGUAUCCGCCCAGCCAUCAACGUAGGUCUCUCUGUGAGCCGUGUAGGAUCCGCUGCUCAGGUGAAGGCCAUGAAGCAGGUUGCUGGUUCCAUGAAGCUUGAUCUGGCCCAGUACCGUGAGGUAGCUGCCUUCGCCCAGUUUGGUUCUGAUUUGGAUGCAUCCACACAGAACCUGCUCAACCGUGGAGUCCGUCUCACUGAGCUCCUCAAACAAGGACAGUACACUCCCAUGGCCGUAGAGGACCAAGUCGCUGUGCUCUUCGCUGGUGUCCGUGGCCAUCUGGACAAGAUCGACCCUGCCAAGGUGACCAAGUUUGAGGAACAGUUCCUUGCUCACAUCCGCUCCAGCCACCAAGCUCUCCUGGACACCAUCCGUACUGAAGGUCAGCUCAGCCCACAGACCGAAGCAACGCUCAAGGAUGUCGUUCUCAAGUUCCUGGAUACCUUCGAAGGUUAAAGGACCACUUCUUCUCUGCUCCUUCCUCCUGGAGGGGGACCACUUCAUAACCAAAAUCAAAUGCCGCAUGAGGUGAUCAACAGAAUGAUGAGUGAUGUCUCUUGUGGAAUUUGAUCAGAUUUAUUAUUGUAUGUAUAAAAAGACCUACCAUUGAAAAUGAGAUUUAUGAUAUGAAUUGCAGAUUGAUUCCAUGAUGGAACUUUAAAAGUUAGAUGGAUCUCAUUUCUUGUAUUACAGUAGCACGCUACAUUUGCGGAAUCCAAAAUUCUCUUUUUAUGUUGCUGUGUAUUAAUUCUUCACAUUUUUAUAUUUCGAAAUGAAGAAAGAAAGUGUCUUUUUCAAAAAGUCACCUGAAAUCCCAAAUUAACUGUACUGCAAGUGAAUUGCAUAUAUUCUACUUGUACCAGACCAAGAAGAAUCCAACGGAGAUGAAGAUUAUAUUUAAUGAUUAGAUUGGGUAGGUCAUAUUUCUGUCCAUGUAUUCCUUCUGCGUGGCCGUUUCAGAAAUAUUUGCAAGGUAAAUUAUGUACUGUUGUGCCCGUCUUCUUUGCACAGUUGCAGAUAGAAAGCGCAAGGAUGUAGUGUGGAAAUGUUUGAGCCGUGUUAUGUGAGCAGGUUCACCUAAUAAAGAGAUUUAUUGAUGAGAAAAGAAUUUUACAUAGUUUGGUGUCAUUUUCGACAAGUUGUGUAUAUGAACGACUUUAGGUGAGAGAAGCAGAUUAGAAGAUAGAGAAAGAGUACAAGAUUUAAAUAUAAUGUUGAAGAAAAAAGUUUUUGGAAUGGAUUUUUUGUUGUUAAGAGAAGUAAGAAUUAAAAUAUAAGAGAGUGAACUGAAGAGAGAUUAAGAAAUACUGAGAGGUGGAUGUUGUAAAUGUCAAGCUGAUGGAAAAAAUAGAAAUGAAUGAAAAAGUAUUGAAUAUAGCAAGGAGGGUAAGAGAUACAGAGAGAAGUGAGAAAGAUUUGAUACAGAAAAGUAACAAGAGUUAAAAAAGUGUGUAUUUUGUAUAAUUGAUAAGCAUGUACAGUAUAAAAGACUGAAAGAAAGUAUGAUAAAGGACGAGAGAAAAAAGAAAAGUACAAGGAACAGGAGAGACAAAGUUAUUAUUGCUGAAGGAUUAGAUCAAAGACCGUCAAUAAUACUGGGCCAGAAGGGAUUAGACCACACAGCGAGGUCACUGACAGGUGGCUAUCUCAUUAACUUGGCUCUCAACUAACAUGAGAAAAAGAGGAUCAUGGGGGACCAACAGGCACCGAUUGGGAAAGUUUUCUAUAUAGAGGGAACAAGUAGCAACAAGUAGGACAGUGGUGCUUAAAAGGCUUAUGUUCAGGGCUCUGUUGCAUACAAGUGACCAUUGAUGGUAACUUUGCCAUUAAUAGUAGCUUCUAUGGAAACCUUUACCGGUAUUCAAUUGGCU